AUGCCCCACCCACGCCUUCAAACCAAGAAAUCUCGUCGAGAAUCAUCCCCAAACUCGGUAUCUAUGCCAAAUGCCCCUCGAGCAAGGAGUAGGAGUAUCUCGUCCGUAUCUGAAGAGCCUGCCACUACCAAUCCAAUUGAUGUGGACAAGGAGCAUCCUGAUGAACUUCUAACAACUCCGUCUGCCAGUGGAGGGCCUGCCGGAGCUACUACCGAUCCGGAGGAGCUUAGUACGUCUGGUCUUGAUUGA